GAGUGCUUCGGACAUAUUUUUCCUUGGCUCCGUAGGUCUCCUAGUAUGAAGGAGGUGAAGAGCGAGCGGGAUCGGGGGAGCCGACGAAGGCACCGGGACGGCGACAUGGUGGCGGCAGCGGUGGUGGUGAAGCAGGAGCGCCUCAGCCCGGAAUCCGUGCCUCCCGUGCACCGCCGCCCGGACUCCUCCGGCGGUAGCCCGUCCCCACCGGCCGGCGAGUCGGGCCGCCCGAGUCACCGCGGGAACCGAGCCCGAGGAGGUAGCCGGUCUCCAGCCAAAAAGAAAAACAAGUCCUCAGGGAGAAGAAGCAAGUCUCCCCGGAGUAAGAGAAGCCGAAGUCCUCACCACUCAACAGUCAAAGUAAAGCAGGAACGUGAGGAUCAUCCCCGGAGAGGCCGGGAGGAUCGGCCACACCGAGAACCCUCAGGACAGGAACACAGGCGAGCUAGGAACAGUGACCGAGACAGACACCGUGGCCAUUCCCACCAGAGGAGAAGCUCGGUCGAGAGGCCUGGCAGCGGGCAGCCUCAGGGACGGGAUCGAGAUGCCCAGAACCUACAGGCGCAGGAAUCUGAGCGGGAGUUUCACAACGCCCGGCGCCGGGAGCACCGCCAGAAGAACGAAGCCGGCGGUAACGCAUCUCAGGACUCACUUCCUCAGCCUGGCCCUGGCAGCAACAACAAAGACAAAGAAGUGCCUGUUAAAGAAAAGCCAAGCUUUGAACUUUCUGGGGCACUUCUUGAGGACACCAACACCUUUCGGGGUGUAGUCAUUAAAUACAGCGAGCCCCCGGAAGCACGUAUCCCAAAAAAACGGUGGCGUCUCUACCCCUUUAAAAAUGAUGAGGUGCUUCCAGUGAUGUACAUCCACCGACAGAGCGCUUACCUCCUGGGCCGACACCGCCGCAUCGCAGACAUUCCCAUCGAUCACCCCUCCUGUUCAAAGCAGCACGCCGUCUUUCAGUACCGGCUUGUGGAAUAUACCCGUGCUGAUGGGACAGUUGGCCGCAGGGUGAAGCCCUACAUCAUUGACCUUGGCUCAGGCAAUGGAACGUUCCUGAACAACAAGCGAAUUGAGCCCCAGAGAUACUACGAACUGAAGGAAAAGGAUGUCCUUAAAUUUGGGUUCAGCAGCAGAGAGUAUGUUCUGCUCCACGAGUCCUCUGACACCUCUGAAGUAGACAGGAAGGAAGACGAGGAUGACGAGGAGGAGGAGGAAGUAUCUGACAGCUAGCAAACUGGAAAACAAGCCAAACUCUCGAGAGACCUUUUCUCUCUGCGAAAGCUUUGGGAUUGACUCAAAGGGCACCGCCGUGCUCUCUGUAAUGCCUCUUAUUGCCUUAAGUCUUUCUUCUGUUGCUGACCAGCUUACGUUUCAGUGUAAGAAAACUGACUUGUGUUCGGUUGAACUUUCUUCUGUGGCACGUCAGCCACAUGCCGUGGGCAUUUGUUUUCUGAACAGUCUCACCAACACAUCGUGUUUUAGUAGAAGCAUCGUGGCUUGAGUUGGUGCUUUCAGAACUACUGUGCAGGAAACUAUAAAGCCCUGGUUGAAGGGGAAUUGUGGCUUGCUUUCUUUGUACAGUUACUUUAUUUAUAUCGUUGUUAAGCUUUGUGGACCGGGUUUGUUUUUGUCUUGGGGGCAAAGCCCUGAACAGAGAAUCUUAUUCAGCUUUGGUUAUCACCAAAACAGCCUCCAGAGUAUACCAAAGCUUUGACCUGGUUGAGCUCUUGAGUCAUAGAAAUUGAUUUUGCACUUCGUUGUUUGGGGGUGGGCUGGGGGGUGGGGGAGAUUUACCACAUGACCUCAUUAUUGACUGUUGGACUUAAACGGAUGCUUUGUGGAGCCUGCUUAAGCUCAUGACUGUACAGGAAGGUCAUGGCCACUGCCAGUGGGUGCUGAUAACAUGUCACAAGAGGCUGAAAUGGGUCGUGGAUUUGUUUCUUGUGAGAGAACUCUGAUUUCUCCAUGGAGCAUGUACAGAACAAUUUUGAUCUUCAACUUUGCAUUUUUAUUUAGAGGUUAUCUCCAUUCUUCCUUCUUUGAGAAACACACUGUCAUUUAUGUGGCAGGGUCUUUGCUUUAUUCUAACAAUGUGUAUGUGUUGUGUGGUUUACAUGUUUUCAUCUUUUUAAAAAAACGUUCGGAGAGGUUGUAUUUACCUGGGCAAUUGGGAAUUGCCCAAUUUCCUAAUUUUCCACCAGAGGAAUAUGUGUAAGUAGAAAAGUCAUAACUGCUUACAUCUAUUUUGUGUGUGUGUGUGUGUGUGUGUGUGUGUUUGUGUAUAUGUAUAUAUUUAAAAAAUUGUGUGUGAAAGAGUUGCAUAUUGAUUUUCCUAUGAGAAUGUUUUGUGAUGUAAAUGUAAUACUGCAUUAUAGGCAAAGGCCUCCCUGCAUUUGAAGAGCAGGUUUUCAUUUAUAUGUAUUUUUGGAAUAAAAAAUAAUAAA